ACGUUACAUCUCCAUUAUGUCGUUGAACGUUACAUCUCCACUAUGUCAUUGAACGUUACAUCUCCAUUAUGUCAUUGAGCGUUACAUCUCCACUAUGUCAUUGAACGUUACAUCUCCACUAUGUUAUUGAAUGUUACAUCUCCAUUAUGUCAUUGAACGUUACAUCUCCAUUAUGUCAUUGAACAUUUAAAAUAGUAUUUUUUCAGAACUUUUGUAUCUUCUGUCGUGUUCGUACGCCAUGUGGAGGAUGAGAGUUAUAUUUUCUUACACACACACACACACACACACACACACACACACACACACACACACACACACACACACACACACACACACACACACACACACACACACACACACACACACACACACACACACACACACACACACACACACGGAGUAGAGGUGUUGACAGGCCGCCGCUCAGAGGAGACGAGGUUCAAGAUGUGUUUAAAUCAUUUUGAACCUUAAAAAUAAAAAUAAAAUAAAAAAACACCAAAAAUAUGUUGACUAAAGGAACAUGGAGAUGUCACAGGAUUUCAAAAUAAAGGCCUAAAAGUGUUGAGGUAAGUUGAUCAGCCGCUGACCACGCUGUGUUUCUUCCUCCUCAGUCAUCUUCUCUGCUCUCGCGGGAGCGACUCCCAACUUUCUGUCUGCUGCCUCCUGCUGCGUGUGCAGGAAGGUGGCUGUAACCGAGCCCACGCUGUAAUCCCACGCUGCCUCCGCGCCGUCUCACACGCCUUCUCCUGACGGGACAGGAAGUUGGCGUCCAGGACGCUGCCGCCACAGGCGUGCUCCAUCCGAGAAGAGGAAGACACGAGUUCUCCGAGGCGCUCGCGUGGCGUGGAUGCUGCUCGUGGGAGAUGUUCCGUCUGCCGGACCUCGGGCUGCCGUCGGCCCUGACCAGCGCGCUCGCGUCGGCGCUGUGCGCGCUCCUGCUGCUCGCCCUGACGCGCGCGCUGUGGAGCCUCCGCUGGAGGCUGACCAGGGACCCCGGCAGCAGCCUCCCCCUGCCGGAGGGCUCCAUGGGGUGGCCGCUGGUCGGGGAGACCCUCCACUGGCUGCUGCAGGGCUCCAACUUCCACGUCUCUCGCAGGCGUCGCCACGGCAACGUGUUUAAGACCCACCUCCUGGGCAAGCCCGUCAUCCGGGUGACCGGCGCCGAGAACAUCCGGAAGAUCCUUCUGGGGGAGCACAGUCUGGUGUGCACGCAGUGGCCCCAGAGCACGCGCAUCAUCCUGGGCCCCAACACGCUGGUCAACUCUGUCGGCGAAGCCCACAAGAGGAAGAGGAAGGUCUUGGCCAAGGUGUUCAGCAGGCCGGCUCUGGAGUCCUACCUGCCCCGCCUGCAGGAAGUGGUGCGCCGCGAAGUGGCCAAGUGGUGCUCGUGGCCCGACACCAUGGACGUUUACGCCGCCGCCAAGUCGCUGACGUUCCGCGUGGCCGUGAGCGUGCUGCUGGGCCUGCACCUGGAAGAGGACCGCGUGGUCUACCUGAGCCGCAUCUUUGAGCAGCUGAUGGACAACCUCUUCUCGCUGCCCGUCGACGCUCCGCUCUGCGGGCUCCGUAAGGGCAUCAAAGCCAGAGAGAUCCUGCACGCCAACAUGGAGAAGAUCAUCGAGGAGAAGAUGGAGCGCCAGCAAGCGCAGGAUGAAUAUCUCGACGCCUUCGACUACAUGUUGUCCAGCGCCAAGGAGCACGGCCAGGACCUCAGCAUCCAGGAGCUCAAGGAAACCGCUGUGGAGUUGAUCUUCGCCGCUCACUCCACCACCGCCAGCGCCUCCACUUCUCUGCUGCUGCAGCUUCUUCGCCACCCGGCCGCACUCCGGCGCCUCAAAGCAGAGCUGGUCUCUGAGGGUCUUACGGGCGCUGGCGGUUCACCAGAUGGCGGUCCGCCUCAGGCACACCUGAGCCUGGACAAACUGAGCCGCCUGCGCUACCUGGACUGCGUGAUCAAAGAGGUCCUGCGCUUCCUGCCGCCGGUUUCCGGAGGAUACCGCACCGCUCUGCAGACCUUUGAGUUGGACGGCUACCAGGUCCCCAAAGGCUGGGGCGUCAUGUACAGCAUCAGGGACACGCACGAGACCGCCGCCGUCUUCCGCAGUCCCCAACUCUUUGAUCCGGACCGCUUCGGACCGGAGCGAGAGGAAAACCGGCCGUCGCGCUUCAGCUACGUGCCGUUUGGCGGUGGCGUGCGGAGUUGCGUGGGCAAAGAACUGGCCCAGGUGGUCCUGAAGACUCUGGCUGUGGAGCUGGUAGGCACGUGCGAAUGGACCCUGGCCACGGAGGACUUCCCCAGGAUGCAGACGGUGCCCAUCGUGCACCCUGUCAACGGACUACACGUGCGCUUCGCCCGCAGCGACCCACUUUGAGGACCCCGCCGGACCCAGAGACGGUUCCACCUUCGACUGAGGUCAGUCGUCAUCCGACAUGAAGGUGGAACUCUUCCAUCGCAAGCCUUGGCGAGGAAGGUUCUCUUUUCUAGCCGGACCUUCUCGGA